AUGGGCAGCACCUGGGCGACCCAACAAUGGGCAGCACCUGGGCGACCCAACAAUGGGCAGCACCUGGGCGACCCAACAAUGGGCAGCACCUGGGAGACCCAACAAUGGGCAGCACCUGGGAGACCCAACAGUGGGCAGCACCUGGGAGACCCAACAAUGGGCAGCACCUGGGAGACCCAACAGUGGGCAGCACCUGGGAAACCCAACAAUGGGCAGCACCUGGGCGACCCAACAAUGGACAGCACCUGGGAGACCCAACAAUGGGCAGCACCUGGGAGACCCAACAAUAAGCAGCACCUGGGAGACCCAACAAUGAGCAGCACCUGGGCGACCCAACAAUGGACAGCACCUGGGAGACCCAACAAUGGGCAGCACCUGGGAGACCCAACAGUGGGCAGCACCUGGGAGACCCAACAAUGGACAGCACCUGGGAGACCCAACAAUGGACAGCACCUGGGAGACCCAACAGUGGACAGCACCUGGGAGACCCAACAAUGGGCAGCACCUGGGAGACCCAACAAUGGGCAGCACCUGGGAGACCCAACAAUGGACAGCACCUGGGAGACCCAACAAUGGGCAGCACCUGGAAGACCCAACAAUGGACAGCACCUGGGAGACCCAACAAUGGACAGCACCUGGGAGACCCAACAAUGGGCAGCACCUGGGAGACCCAACAAUGGGCAGCACCUGGGAGACCCAACAAUGGGCAGCACCUGGGAGACCCAACAAUGGACAGCACCUGGGAGACCCAACAAUGGGCAGCACCUGGAAGACCCAACAAUGGACAGCACCUGGGAGACCCAACAAUGGGCAGCACCUGGGAGACCCAACAAUGGACAGCACCUGGGAGACCCAACAAUGGGCAGCACCUGGGAGACCCAACAAUGGACAGCACCUGGGAGACCCAACAAUGGGCAGCACCUGGGAGACCCAACAAUGGGCAGCACCUGGGCGACCCAACAAUGGACAGCACCUGGGAGACCCAACAAUGGGCAGCACCUGGGAGACCCAACAAUGGGCAGCACCUGGGAGACCCAACAAUGGGCAGCACCUGGGAGACCCAACAAUGGGCAGCACCUGGGAGACCCAACAAUGGGCAGCACUUGGGCGACCCAACAAUGA